CAUCGAUUGCUCGAGCCGGUUCGUUCGAAUUCUGUGACCAGUAAGGUAGACUUUGUGAUACGGAAGACUCUACGCGUACGCCGCCAACCAAAAGUUUUUCGAUGAGUAAUACUCUCCAACGCUGCCACCUCAGAGCACUGCCAUAAUGUCCCACAUCCACUCCCCAAGCCCUGUUGCUCUCUCUCAUCCACAGAUGCCUGCACAAUCCGUCUCUGCUAAUGCUGCUCCACGUCAGAAAUCAAAAGCUUAUGCUACAGGUAUAGCAGCUGGCGUCGAAGAUGAAAAGUAUCAGACAAAAUACAAGGAAUUAAGGCGAAAAGUAAAAGAAAUCGAAACGGACAAUGACAAGCUCCAGUACAAGGUCCUCAUGGCAAAAAAAUCAAUUCAACGUAUGAAACUGGAACGAGCUGUUUUGUAUGAACGACUUUCUGCUGUGCCACCUUCUCCAGACAUUCACAGUCAUGCACUUCCUCCUACCCAUUCUGGUCCUGGUGUUCCUCCCCAACACCCGCGUGAUAUGGGUGCAGCGGCGCACCACCAGCACCGUGACCAUCGUGACUUUCAACCGGCAGAUUUGAACGAUCACAAUGCUAUCGAGUACAUGCACAAUCAUAGCUCUUUCCGCGUGAUUAAUGCUCCAGAUGGUCGACCUAUCCAAGCUCCCGACGGGCCCAUAGGUCCGGGAGUUGCGCCUUCUCACGGAAUUCCUGCCGUCCACAUGUCGAGGGGCGGUUCCGCCUCAGGUCAUGACUCUUCUCGGCACCUUCCACCCCUCUCUCAGUUGACUCCCAUACAGCAUCUUGAGCCACCAAGGGCUCAUGGACAUUCACAGGCUCAUAGCCCUCGCCUACACCACAGUAAUGGUUCUUCGCGUUCGCAAUCCUCACCUUCCAGAUCGCGUGGCCAUCAGAUAACUCCUCAGGCACCUCCCCCAGGAUACCACUCAGGGGGCAUUCCCCACCCUCAACAGUACUCCCAGGAUUCUCUUAUUCCUGUACAACACGGGCAUCACAGCCCGCCACACCCGAGUGACAGGGAGCGAUCUAGAAGACAUGAGACGCUCGAGCGUGGCAACUACCAUGGCGAUCCUUACACUCAUUCACGACAGCAUUCUUCACAUUCUUCCACGAUGCCAUCCCCUAAUGCUCGAGCUUCGCGUCUCCACAAUCAUCAACGUAUUGGGCCUUCAGCGACCAUUAGUCACCCAGACCCAGAAUAUGAGCGCGAGCGCGAUCUCGAGAGAGAGCGUACAUGGGCACGUCAUGAGGGCGAAUCCGCUCGAGAAUACGCGCCUUCGGGAGCGAUGCAUGCAUCUCCUCCCUCCCACCUAAGGCCCAGACCUCCUGUAGACAGGGGUGACUACCCAUACUCUCGCGAGCCCAUUGGACCCGGCAUGCACGGUCGAUCAUCUCGCUCUGACACAUCUGGUUCCGGAUCUGGUUCCGGAAAUGGUGGCGGGGAUCCACUAUCGCGGCCUGAAGGUCACACUCAAUAUUAUGACCGAGAGAGGGGACCCUAUACACCCCGUCAGGCAAAUCCACCGCGCAAUCCAAGUGAGGAUCAAGACGUCAUUUACGAAGAAGGCCGUUCAUACAGCCGUGACCGACCUGGCGGGCAUUACAUGCUUCCAGAACAACACCGCCCCCCUGUGGAAUCAUCGAGGAAGCGCUCUCGUAAGGACAUGGAAAUAGAUGCAAACGAUGACGUCGAUGAUUCACCCGCAGCGGGUAGUUCAGGGGGAGGAGAAGCACCGCUGAGGUUCGCAGGCGGUCAUCUUUCCGAUGAUCGUGGCUCCAAGAGACUGCACCAGGAAUCUGCACGUUCCCACGAGCGCGAGGAGGAAGAAGAAGAUGAGGCUUCGGAUACUUAGACAAAGUGUUAAUUAUUUUUUUUGUCGCGCCACGGUGCGUUUCCUUUUAGAUCUUCUU